AUGGAUGUUGGCGAUAAGGGUGUGAGUCCAAGGCUUGGUGGGUGGGGAUUGAGGGUUCUUGAGACUCUGACCUGCGAAAGGGUUGGACGGGUUGACUGGCUCCAAGAGGAUGUUUUAUCAUCGUGGGGUAAAAGGCUUGCUGCCGACAGAGAGAAGUUGUAUCCUCGGGAGAAGAUGGAUAUGUCGAGGGAGUUGCAGGAUGCUGGAGCCUGUUGCUUUGAGAUGGUUGAUGUUGGAUGA